AUGCAAAAAUUAUUUUAUAUUUAUUCAAUUUUGGGAAUUUUUCUGUUGAAAAUAACUAGUUGCAGUCAUGUCGUUACUUUGACAGAUGAUGAUUUCCAUUCAAAAAUUCCUUCUUACACGGUUCUCAUUGUCAAAUUUUUCGUGCCAUGGUGUGGACAUUGUCAACAAUUUGAUCCUGAAUUCAAAAGUGCAGCCAGUGAGGUUGCCAGCAAAAAAAAAUGGCCAGUCACUCUCGCUCAAGUUAAUUGUGAUGGUUCUGGCAAAAAAAUAUGUGAGGAGUAUGGUGUAAAAGGGUACCCCACCAUUAAAAUUUUCAAUUUCGGGGAAUUCAUGUUCAAUUAUGAUGGGCCCAAAAAUUCAGAAAGUUUGGUGAAGUUCAUAAAGUUCAAGGUCGAACCGGGGUCAGAAAAGGUCAGCAACCUCGACGAGAUGGCUGCCUGCUUGGCUAGCCUUGAUAACGUUGUGAUUGGUUUCUUCAAUACAGAAAAAUCCAAACUAGAGGGGGAGUUCCACAAGAUGGCCGAUUUCAUGAAACUGGAAUACAAGUUUGCCCACACGUACUCCAACAAAAUUAUGACGACAUUUGGCUAUAGGGACGAGAUAGUUAUCUUUCGAUCUGAAAAACUGAAAACACCGCUAGAACAGAGCCAAGUUAAGUACGACGGGCCUGAGAAUUUGCACGAAAUGCGGACUUGGGUGGCCCAGAACUACCAAGGCUGGGCUGGGUAUAGAACACAAAAGAAUACAGAGUUGUUUAAAGAACCAUUGGUAGUGGUUUACUUCCAUGUAAACUUUGAUGAUAAAUCAUCUAUCUCUAGCUACUACAGAAAUCGAGUCAUAAUGACGGCCAGGAAAUUCCACCGCGGGAAAUUCCCAUACCACGUGACUUUUGCAGUUUCGAACCUGAAUGAGUUUAAAAAGGAACUGGAGGAAUACUACGGAAUUAGACAUAUUCCUGAGAGCAAGGAUCAGCUAAUAGUCACAGCUAGAGAUAGUGCUAAUAAGAAAUACGUCAUGGAUAACGAAACCGUUUUUAGUUCAGAAAGCCUACAGCAAUUUGCCGAAGACAUGCUGCUAGGCAAACUCAAACCUUACAUCAAAUCUCAAUCCACUUUUACACACGCCAACGUCAGUCACAGUAGUAAUGACGUCAGAGGUGACGGCAGUGGUGAUGGCAGGCCGUCUGAUGUUACAAAUGCAGUUGGCUUGACGUUCAGCAAACUGGUAGAUGACAACACUAAGGAUGUCAUCGUCCAACUGUAUACACCCUGGUCACCACAGUGCAAGGAGACCAGUGAGAUAUUGAAAAAAGUCUCAAAAAAACUAAAAGAUGAAGCUGAUCUAAGGUUUGUUAAAAUUGACGUCACCGCCAAUGAAGUUCCAACUCCUUACGUCAUAAAAGGCUAUCCCUCUGUAUAUUUGGCGAAGAAAACAUUAAAAAAUACGCCUCUAUUUUACGAAGGUGAGCAAACAGUGAAAGGCUAUAUACGUUUCAUAGCUGGUAAUUCGACGUUUCCUCUUAAAAAGUAUGACAGAAAUGGUCAAAAAAUUACAGAAGUUGAUAAAAAGGCUAAUAUUUAUGAAAGAAAAACUGAAUUAUAACGUUUUGUUUUUUGUUUUUCGUUUAUUGCUGCUAUUUUUAUGUUAUCCAUCAUGUAUGUCUUUGUUGAAAUAAUUAAUUUCUAGUUUUGUAAACCCUA